AUGAUGGCUUUCGGGAACGAUUUGGACGGCGGCAUGUCGGAACGCUUGCUGGAAGAGGGCGAGUCAAGAAACCGCACAGAUCCCAAUCAAACUAUUGGAGAGUAUGAACUUGUUGAGGACAGAGAGACGCUUGUGUUCGAGGACGACUUUUACCUGAAGCAGCAGCGCGGCAAGCGUAGCGGGUGUAUUCAAGCAUUCCUGGUCGAGACGAUCCAACCUGGAUCAGGCUCUAUGUUCACCAUGACCGUUGCCAUCGUUGGUGCUGGCAUUUUAGCGUUGCCCUACGCAGUACAACAGACUGGUCUAGUGCUGGGCAUUCUUUUGAUCGUAGAAGGAGCAAUUGCUACCACUUUUUCGUUGAGAAUUCUGCUCGAGUGUUUGAAUCUUGGACAGGCGCGGUCGUACAUGGAUUUAGCUUUAGCUACAGGUGGACACAAGCUUGCAGCAUUUACUCAAUUGGUUGUGUGCAUGAAUUUAUUUGGAACGUGUGUUGGUUAUUUAACGGGUAGUGCAGAGCUGAUUCAGUACGCGUUCGAAACAGUUUUGAAGAGUUCUAGUGAGACCCUCCUUUUGAAUCGACAAGCGCUGAUUUUGAUGCUGACUGGUUUAUUAGUGCUACCAUUGUCGCUAUUACGAAGUCUGGACUCACUGCGAUUUUCAUCGUUGUUCUCGAUCGUAUGUAUCGUGUUUAUGACGCUGGUAAUUGUGAUUAAAUACUUUCAAUUUGUGCACGAAGAGCUGGCUCCAACGAUGGCGUAUCAAUUAAAACACCUCCCACUAUUUGACUGGCGCUUAAGUCAUAUAUUACGUGCAGUGCCGCUUGUAGUGUUCUCGUUCACGUGUCACCCAAAUAUUCCUCCGAUCUACUUGGUGCUCAAGCGUCGCUCUAAAAGAAGGAUGCACAAAGUCAUGAACCGCAGCAUUGGUCUCGCGACGACUAUAUACUCACUUUGUGGUUUUUUUGUGGUAUUAACAUUCGGUGAGGCUACUCGGUCUAACUUUCUUAAGAAUGACUAUCACGGCGAUGGCGCGGUGAUUGUUGGAAGUCUUGGCUUUAGUAUUGCUUUGAUUCUGACCGUGCCGCUUUUCGUUCAUACGUUGCGUGAUAACAUUCGUGAGGCGCUGCUGGCGAACUGUCGACUAGACGUUGUCUGGCAUGUUACUCUAUCAAUGUUACUCGUUGUUGCUGUCCUUGUUGUUGCUCUAGCAUCGAAAGAUAUAACGUCUGUUCUAGGUUUUCUAGGUGCUACUACCAAUCCGACAAUUUGCUUCGUGCUGCCAGCGUAUUUUAUCGGUCGAUUGGGCGGACAGCAAUACCGGAUAUUUCAGAUUGUCGCCAGUAUAUUGGCCGUUGUUAUGACUGUCGCCAGUGCUUUGAGCCUGCUUCAACAAAUGAAGUUUAUCUUUUGA